AUGCAGCCACUGCAAGAAAAAAAAAAAAAAAAAUCGGCAAGUGCUCCUCCUGCCACGCCAGCUCCAGUCCUGGCGGCGGCCCCAGUCUCGGCCCCAACCUCAGUCCCAGCCCCAGUGCCAACGCCAGCACCAGCUGCAGCUCCGCCUUCUGCUGGGACUCCAGCCUCAUCCUCAGACCCUGCGGCAGCAGCGGCUACGACUGGGGCUCCUGCCCAGACCUCGGCCUCAGAGCAAGCUCCGGCGCAGACCCCAGUGCUCGCUCUGCCUGGUCCCUUUCUCCCAGGGCCCUUUCCCGGCGGUCGCGUGGUCAGGUUGCACCCAGUCAUUUUGGCCUCCAUUGUGGACAGCUACGAGCAACGCAAUGAGGGUGCUGCCCAAGUUAUCGGGACCCUGCUGGGAACGGUCAACAAACACUCAGUGGAGGUCACCAAUUGCUUUUCAGUGCCGCACAAUGAGUCAGAAGAUGAAGUGGCUGUUGACAUGGAAUUUGCUAAGAACAUGUAUGAACUGCAUAAAAAAGUUUCUCCAAAUGAGCUUAUCCUGGGCUGGUACACUACAGGCCAUGACAUCACAGAGCACUCUGUGCUGAUCCAUGAGUACUACAGCCAGGAGGCCCCCAACCCCAUCCACCUCACUGUGGACACAAGUCUCCAGAAUGGCUGCAUGAGCACCAAAGCCUAUGUCAGCACUUUAAUGGGUAUAUAA